UCAGAUUCCAUUUUGCCAGUGUUACAGCAUUCUCUAAAGAUCAUUGGAAGUAACUUUGGAUCUCCAGUUGAAACAAAUGAAUUUCAAGUUGCAGAAAAAAUCAAAAGAAAAUUGGUUCGGAAAGGCAGAGAGAAAGAUGCAGCCAUCUUUUCAGACCUACACAGGAAACUUCAGGCUCAGGGUUUACUGAAGCAAAGAUGGGCUGUCCUGUAUCUUCUGAUGUCACUUAGUGAUUCUGCUAAUGGACCAGCUGCAAAGCCUACAGUUAAUGGUACUUCAUUGUUUGGAUCUGGCUUGCCCUCUCAUGCUACCUCCACGCCGUUCAAUCCUGCCCUACACAGAUACCCUCCCCCACCCGGGAGUGUUGGGGAGGUGACGACGUUACACUCCGUCUCUAACACCACUGGCAGUAGUGGGAUCAGUAGCAUCCGUAGUGACCUCAACAAUAGUAAUCCUACAGUUCCUCACUCAUAUAUGCCAGUGACAACAUUCAACUCUGUUGAACUCGACCGGACUGGUAGCAGUCGAACUUUGGGAUCUCGUUUGGCUUCUACCCUAACAAGACAAGAAAAAUCAAACACAGCAUUAGUGCCAAGCAGGGACAAUCGACGUAAUAAACCUGAAACAAAUAUAUUGGUUCUCCGAGGAGAUAAAACGUCCUUUGAACUGCCAGAAGCAGAAUUGAUCAAAGAUCUUGUGUAUGCUUUCCAAGGGAUUGAGGGAAAAUGGAUUAAAUUUGAUUCCUCUAAAGAAGGCUACCGAAUAGACUCACAGGCUGGGAUUCCUAAAGCAAUACGACAGUUAGUCAGUAAGCUUGCCGAGUGUGGAUGGCUGUAUUCUAAAACCAAGGACUAUAUCCAGACGAGAAGUGCCGACAAGACAUUUGGAUUAGUUGGACAGAGUUUUUGUGCAGCAUUACACCAGGAACUGACAGAGUACUACAGGCUGAUCGCUGUCCUGGAGGGGCAGUUAAACCAAGGAGAUAUAGGUCUGAUAUCACCAGAGGAGAGUUCGAUCACGCUGAGACAGUUGGUGGUGUGGACUUUUGAUCCACUCUUACGACUUAAGACGCUAGCGACAGUGGUGGACGUAUGUCGAGGAAAGAAGGGUGGAGCUCUGGCCUCGUCUUUGUAUUCCUACAUGCAACAUGGAGACCCGAACAUCAAGGCCCUGAUCAUGCAUACCUUAACCAUGGUUUCACAGCCAAUCUACUCCACACUGAUACGCUGGAUAUAUGAUGGGGAACUGGAGGACACACACGAUGAGUUCUUUGUGGCCUCUGACCCGACGGUGAAAAACGACCGAUUAUGGCAUGAUAAGUACACUCUGAGGAAGUCAAUGAUCCCAUACUUCAUCACGAUGGACCAGGCAAAAAGGAUACUCAACACAGGUAAAUCAAUCAAUUACCUGAGACAGGUGUGUCAGGAUCGGACACCCACCAAAGGUCGCGAGGUAGCCAUGAUCAUGGACAACACCAAAGCGGGUGAGAUGUUUAUGCAGGACACAAUAAGUGAAUUCCAGCACAUGAUUGACACUGUGUACAAGGAGACAAGUCGCCACCUCCUCGAUACCCUACACAACAAGUACAAGUUUAUGGAUCAUCUCAAGGCAAUGAGACGGUACUUACUACUGGGACAAGGAGAUUUCAUUCGACAUCUGAUGGACCUACUAGAAGAAGAUCUUGCCAAGCCAGCAGGGAACCUGUACCUCCACAAUCUGACUGGCAUCCUUGAGACAGCCAUUAGAGCCACUAAUGCACAGUUUGAUGAUUCUGAUAUUCUCAAGAGGCUGGAUGUCAGACUUCUGGAGGUAUCUACAGGUGAUACAGGUUGGGAUGUGUUCAGCCUCGACUAUCAUGUGGAUGGUCCAAUCAGAACGGUGUUCACACCAGAGUGUAUGAUCAUGUAUCUGCGAGUGUUCAACUUCCUGUGGAGGUCAAAGAGGAUGGAAUAUAUCCUAGCCAAUAUAUGGAGAAAUCAGAUGGCCAGUGCAAAGAUGCUUCAGUGUAUUCCAGAGUUAUCCAGCAUCCUUCACCAGUGUCACAUGCUCACCAGUGAGAUGGUUCACUUCGUCCAGCAAGUUCAGUACUAUAUCAACUUCGAAGUGCUAGAGUGCUCGUGGGAUGAACUGCUCACCAAAGUCGGUGAAGCAGAGGACCUUGACUACAUCAUCGCCGCUCACCAGGUGUUUCUAGAUACCAUCAUCUCUAGGUGUCUUCUUGAUGAACAAUCAAAG